AUGGAUUGCGUUACGAAAAGAUUUAAAAGCCACAAUUUAAAUGUUUUGAAGACUGUCGGGAAAGGAACUUAUGGAAAUGUAUAUUUAUGUGAAAAACGCGAUACUGCUGAAUUAACAAUUGUGAAGGACAUUGAAUUAAACAUAAAACUCCAGGAUCAUAAACAAGACAUAGCAAAUGAAAUAAAGAUUUUAUCUUCGUUGAGUCAUUCGAACAUUAUCAAGUUUUACGAUUGUUAUUACAAUGGCAAUCAUGCAAUGAUAUCCAUGGAAUACGCCACUAGCGGGAAUCUAUCGGAAUACAUGUAUCAUAGAUAUCCAAAACUAUUGCAACAACAGGAAAUACUUUUCUAUUUCUGCCAAAUUUUGUUGGGAGUAAACUACAUCCACAGUCAGAAGAUAAUUCACAGAGAUUUAAAAGCAGACAAUAUCCUAUUGACUGGUAAAAAUGGUGUUUUGGUAAAGAUAGGCGAUUUUGGCAUUUCCAAAAUAUUAGCAAGUGCCAAGAAGACAUCGACUGUAAUAGGAACUCCUUAUUAUCUGGCUCCAGAAUUAUGUGAAGGCAAACCUUAUUGUAACAAAAGCGAUGUUUGGGCUCUAGGGUGCUUGCUUUAUGAAAUGUGCACUCACAAGAGGGCUUUUGACGCUGAGACACUAGUGGGACUAGUAAAAGCAAUCACAAGUGGAAAUGUUCACCCAAUUGAUUUGACAAUAUAUGACAGAGGCAUGCAGGACCUUGUAGACUCAAUGCUGUCAGUCCUACCAGACAAAAGACCUUCUAUCAAAGAACUAAUGGGACGAAUGGUAUUACUGCCUGAUAUUUACACUGUUUAUUUAGAUGCUGGCAAUGAUGAACUAUUAUUUUUAAAAGCAAGACAUUUUAUGGAUAUGUAA